CGGCGACGACGCCAGCGACGGCGCCAGCGACGCCGUGCGCACCGAAAGCCCGCGUGGCGCCGCCAUAGCCACGGCCACAGCCACGGCUGCGGGCGCUUCGCAUGGGCUGCCGAAGGCCGACGACUCGGCAAUCUGCGGCGACCACACGGCCUGCGCCCGCGAAAGCGAUGCCUCGCUGCGGCUCUGCGGCCCACCGCCGGUGCCAGCGCCAACCCCGCCGACGCGCGCAGCCACGGAUGUCGGGCGACGACCGCCGAAUAUGGGCGUCCGCACGUGGCGCGCAGCCACCAGGGACAUGCUGGCGGCCUCGCCCAUGCCCAGGGCGCCGCCGUCGAACGACACGGUGGUGGCCGGCGUCACCGGCGCGCUGAAGUACUCUGCGGCGCCCAGCGACGACGACCGCGGCGCAAACACCGGCGAUAUGGCCGCAGGCCCAGGCCCAGGCGCACCCGAUCCUGCACCCGCACCCGCACCCGCACCCGAUCCCGACCCCGAUCCCGCCAGCGACCGGCGCGGCGCCCUGCUCCUGCGCCUCGUCAUCAUCCGCGCGACAGCUGGGAACUCGGCGGCGCUGGGCUGCACAUCGAGGCGCUCGAGAUCACGCAGGAUCUCCUGGAUCAUUUCAUACGAGCGCUCCGCCUGGCGCUGUAGCCCGCGCAGCACCGCGGCGCCCUCCUGCGCCUGCCGCGCCGCCUGCAGCGCCUGCGCCGCACGCGUCUGUGUGUCCGCCGCCCGCAUGCCCACGCGCCGCGCCGCGCCAAUUCCCGCUGUUUGCCGUUCGCACACUGCAGCGACGCGCACCGCGAUGUGCUCGCGGAAGCUGAAGCACAGACCAGUCAGUUCGGUCUCGUCCAGGUUGAGCUGCUCGGCCGUUGGCUCGAUGUACCGCGGCCCGCUGUGGAAAAGCCCCGAGAGCCGGUUGUUCGACGGAGCCAAAACAGGGCCGGAACCGCGCGAGCUUGUUCAGAGCGUCCAGGUCUGCGUCCAGCCGAGGCGGCAGCUGCACGCCGCUGAACACCGUGACGAUGCCCUGCUCCGACGACUGUGUUCGGCUGCGCGGACGGCCGACCUGCUGCUGCUGGUGGUGGCCGCCAUUCGACAGCGCGCGCGACGACCUGGUGUUCUUGACCAUCCGCGCAUGCUCAUCCUCGGCAAACUCAUCCGCGUCCUCCCUCUCGCCACCGCCGCCCCGCCGCCCACCAUCGACAGCAGCGAAAUGCGGCUGUCAUUGGCCGCGCCCGAGUGCAUAUAUGGGCUGGCGCCAAACCCACCAAUGGCGUUGGUGGCCGUGGCCAUAGACGGGCUCUGGAAGCUGCUCUCCUUGAAGCUGCUUCCGCUCAUCCCAUGCGACAAUCGCGACCGCGCCGUCGAUGGCCGCGCCGUGGCUGGCCGUGGCCGUGGCGGCGCUGCGAAAUCCAUCCCGCCACGCGCGUAGCCCUGGGACGUCGCUAGCGCCGUGGUUGAGGUUGCAGGGGAAAUCGCCGGCGGGAGCUGCGCUCGCCGGAUAUUUACCACGCCCAUGCUUUCGCGCCGCGGCAGGCUCCCGAGCUUGGGCUUGGCUGUGGUGGCUGCAGUUGUGGCCGUGGCCGUGGCGGUGCCGACACCUGGAUCUGCUGUGGCUGCGCGUCUGGCGCUGCCGCUGCCGCCGUUGCCGUUGCCGUUGCCGUUGCCGUUGCCGCCAUUAUAUCCUAUGUGUUUGCGCGCUCCUUCC